AUGCAGAAGGUUGCAAAUCCGGUUCCUAGAGUAGUUCAUCCUGAUUGGUUGCAUAAGAAGGUUCAUGAAAAGGAGGACAAAUUGCGCCAACGGAAACUGGUCGAUAUAUUCAGUUCGUCAAACAAGGAAGGUCGAAUGCAGCUGAGAACUGAUGCUAAUGCCCCUAACCAUGCAACUGCUGAACAGAGUAUUGAAGAUAUGGAAGACUUCAGGAAAAAAGGAAGGACUUCUGUUGUUGGACCUAGACCUAUCGUUCGGUGUUGUUGGAGUCAAUAA